AUGAUGUGUAAAAAUAAAAAUACUGGUCCUUAUGCAGUUGAAAAUUGUAAAGAAAAUGAAAAAGAACAUAAAUAUAAAGAAGUGAAUAAAAGUGAAUUAUCUGGUGAAUAUUCUUUGGAUGACAUUAAAAUUAAUAUUACAGAAAAUGGAACAAUGCCUUGGUAA